AAAACAAAACAAGCACGUGCGCUCUGCAGCAUUUUUGUUAAAAAGCCAAUAAAUAAGCAAAAUGGUUCGUAAAUUAAAGUUUCAUGAGCAGAAAUUGCUCAAAAAAGUUGAUUUCAUAUCAUGGAAGGUAGACAACAAUUUAAAUGAAGUAAAGGUUAUGAAAAAGUAUCACAUUCAGAAACGCGAAGACUACACAAAGUACAACAAGAUAUCCCGAGAAAUCCGAGAGCUAGCGAAUAAAAUAAAAGACCUCGACGCCAAUAGUGAAUUCCGGACGGAAGCCAGUGCCCAACUUUUAGAAAAGCUGUACCAAAUGGGCCUCAUCCCCACACGGUGGGACUUAGCUUUAGCAAUUAAUGUCUCAGCAAGUUCUUUCUGCAGAAGAAGGCUCCCUGUUGUCAUGGUUAGAAAUAAAAUGUCAGAGAAUCUUAAAGAAGCAACAAAGUACAUAGAGCAGGGGCAUGUGCGAGUGGGCCCCGAGGUGGUGAAGGACCCCGCAUUCAUGGUCACCCGAGCACUGGAGGACUUCGUCACAUGGGUGGAUGGCUCUGCCAUCAGGAAGCAUGUUAUGGAGUACAAUGACAUGAGAGAUGACUUUGAUAUGUUAUGAAGAUGAAGAGGAAGCCAUUGAUGAUAUGAUAAUCCUAGCUCAUAAGUUACAAUAAAAAUCUGUUACAAGUA